UCAAUUUUGACAUCAUACGCCGCGCACCGCGCAAGUCGAAAUCAAAUACAUAGUUAAAAAUCGGAAAAAAAUUAGAAUACCGACGACGACGUUCGAAAAAAAGAAACACAAUACAUUUGAAUUUAAAAAAUAUAACAUUUAUUAUCUUAAUAUUCUUUUAACAUCAGUUCAUACUCGCUUUUCACCUCAAGUUUUUAUUAAUUACACGUCAACUGUUUUCUGCGGUGUACACCUAAAAAGAUUAUAUUUUUAAUUCAAAAUGGAAUUUAAAUUAGGAUUUAUCGGUGGAGGUAACAUGUCCACAGCCAUCGUUAAAGGAAUCCUCAAGAGUGGUGCCCACUCCGCGUCUAAUAUAUGGGUCUCAGGGCCCCACAUAGAAAAUCUAAAACAUUGGAGUGAAAUGGGUACUAAUGUUACUACAAGCAACGGAGAAGUAUUUAAAAAUUGUGAUAUGAUAUUUUUGGGGGUGAAAGUUACCAAAUUAAAUGACGCACUUCAUGCUAUCCAAACUAGUGUGAGCUCGAAAAAAGAUGUAUUGUUUGUGUCUAUGUUACCAGGAAUUGUUAUACAUGAUCUUCAUAAGACAAUCAAAUCUUAUCUACCACUUGUGAAUGCGACUGUGAUACGUAUAAUGCCCAACACUCCGAUGACUAUUGGAGCUGGUGUUUGUCUUUACACUCCCGACACGGAAGUAUCAGAUGAACAAUGUUCAAGAUUAGAGAAACUUCUAAGCAGUUCUGCGUUGUGUGAGAAGAUUCCAGAAUAUUUAAUGGAUUCAUUGGGUGCAUUGACUGCGUGUGCUCCAGCUUAUAUGUAUGUAGUGAUAGAAGCAUUGGCUGAUGGGGCAGUAAAGCAAGGCGUGCCUAGGGCCACUGCAAUGCGUCUCGCAGCCCAGAUGGUAGUAGGCAGUGGUCAAAUGGUGCUGCAAUCUGGAAAACACCCUGGACUGUUGAAGGAUGAAGUAUGUUCACCUGGUGGGUCAACUAUUGCUGGAAUUGCUGCUCUUGAGAAUGGUAAACUAAGGGCAACACUGAUCAACGCAAUUGAAGCAUCAACUAUUAGAAAUAAGGAGUUGGGAAAUAAAUAAGUCCAUGACAAUACAUUAUGCUUUACACAUUAGUAUUAAGGAAAAUGCCUCAGACAAAAUUCAUCGAAAUGAAUCUCAAUUCAAUACUCGUUGAAUACUUAGCUAAUUUUGUUAAUACUUCAUUAUUUUAUUUAUGGUGGAUUGAAUAUUCAGAAUCUCAGGAACUCAUUGUUCUAUUUAUUGCCAUAUAAUUAUGUAGCAGAAAUUUUGGGCUAUGAGCACAUGUUUUCAGCUACUAUAAAUGUAUUAAUGUACUGUAAUUUGUUACUUGGCAUUCCCUUACAGUGCAGUUUUAGGAUUUAAGCUUACUCUGUUCAGAUACUCUCUAUUUUUUGCUCUAUGAAAUUGAUAUGAUCAAUUUUCAACUCUUUUUUUAAAUACAUACAUAUGUGUGAAACUAUUCAGUAUAUUUUAAGUUUGUGUUUGUAUUUGAUUUGUUUUAUUUUUGUUUAUAUAUAAGUGCUUAAUUAGAUUUUUGUUAUGUAAUAGCUGUGAUCAAAACUUAUUUAUUUGUUGUGUGAAAAGCGUUAUAAAUAUUUAUUGAGUUGUGUACCUGGCACAUUCCUAAACACAAUACUAUAAAAUCUAUAUCAAUACUAAUCAAUACUGUAAUCUCAAUUUAUUUAAUUUUCAGAUCUCAUGUAUGUCCAGUACUUAGUAGCCGAUUUUGUUAUAAAAUAUUAGCUUAGGGUUUGUAUUUACCUAUAAUAGAAAAUGUGCCACUUUCCGUCACUAUCACAAUUGAGAAUUCUAUGUACUUACUUAAUAUAAUAUUGAACCUCUAUUAUAUUGAGAGUAUAAAACCUUUUUUGUCGCGUUACAAUGAGGCUUCGGAGCUGUAAUGGGAUUUGUUGAUGCGAAGAAUAAGACCUUUAACUGUCGCACUCAAAGUCAUUUAAUGGUUACUUAACCCAGUUCUUAGCAAUUGUUUUUGAUACAAAAUCGUUACUAAGGAAUAGUUUAAGUAAGCAUUAAAUGUUUCUGAGUGCGGCGUGCUGAAUGAGUGAGUGUGUUUAAGUUCUUGACUGCCAAUAGAACAAGGCUCGGAACCGGUUUAAAAAAAUACCGGUUAAUACCGGUUUAUAUCGGUUUUCCUCCGAACUUUUCUUAAGAACGUGAACAUUAAAGAACUUUAUUUUAACCUAAAUUAACCGGUUUAUUCGACGAGGGGCAUGUCGGUACACGCGUUGAAAUAUUAUUAUUGAAAUAAGCUGAACAGCGCGCGGCGUUUCUUUGAUGUGCGUCGUAUUAACCGGUUUUUAUUGCUCUAAACCGGUUAAUCCGAAAAAACCUUUAUGAAAAUACUGUUCCAAAUACCGGUUUAAAAAAACCGGUUUCGCGAACGAAACCCAAUGUAAAGGUUUUGCGUACAAGUACAUAAUAACGGUUUGAAAAUUUAACCGGUAUCCGAGCCUUGCAAUAGAAAACUGUUGAAGGCAAAUCCUCCGCUAACGUCGGUCACUCGUUACCCCCAUGGCGUUCAAUGUGUUAUAAUCCUAUACUAACAUACUCUACUCAUAGCAUCAUCGCUUACCGUCAGGCGAGAUAGCGACCAAGCGACUAUCAGAAGCGCAUUACAAAUAAAUAAGUGUUAAUGUGUCCAGUAUCUUAUGGUAUAUGAUACGUACAUUUGGCACAUUUUCUGUUAAAUGUAAACCUUAUAAACGAUCCUUAUAAUAGUAAAUAGACAUUAAGCACGUGAGUGCUUUUCGCAAAAAGUAUAGUCUGUCACCUCUGCAAUUAACACUAUUAGAAUUCCCACACGAGUCAGUAUUAUUACAGUAUUAGGUAUACUGUCGUAUUUAACACAUUGUACUAUGAUUUCUUUACUAAUAAACACAAGCACUGUAACACAA